UAAAAGUAUCAUACAUCCUCUUUACGUUGUAAAGAACCACUCGGGGAAACAGAAAAGACGUUGACAACAAACCUAAUUUUUACCCCCAUAAUAUCCAACACUUAUUACCUGCAUCUCCUUCUCAAGAUCUCUUCUGUAUAAUCAUUAAUCACCAUACCUAUUCUGUCGGUGUCCCAACUCCGCUUCCCAUCUGCGCAUCACCACCAAAUACCAUAUCCAGGUAAUGUUCACAAGACUUGGAUUAUUUUGAGUCGUGCGCUCGAUUUGAAUUUUGCUAAGAUCUUAGGAGUUGGUUCUAUCUAGUAUAUAUUACGAAAUUAGACUACUGAUCUGAUGCUUUAGGUGCGGAAUUUAAGUUCUCAUAAUGUGCACUAUGUGGUUGGCGCUUUGAUAGCUCCGACCAUAUAUAUGUAAUUCGGAAACCAAAUUGGAGAGAGUUAAGAAUCUGGUUUCCAAUAGAACCCUUUGCAUCCAAAUUUUCAACAAGAAGGUUUUGUUAAAAGCAUAAAGAUGAAUGGUGGUAGCAACGCUGAAUUGGCUUCUACUCUUAGCCCUAGGAGAUCAAAUAUAAACGAAAAACGUGUUUCUUUUGAUAUCGAAGAUGAUUUUGAUGGAGGAUUGAAGAACUCAAAUACUGAUUAUGUUGAUAAACAUAAACCUAGCUUUUCAAGCUCCAAGAACCCCAUUGUCAUUGCUGAUAUACUCAAGACAUUAUUCCUCAUACUUGUGUGGUACACCUUCAGUACAUUCUUGACAUUGUAUAAUAAAACACUAUUGGGAGAUGAUAUGGGGAGAUUUCCUGCUCCUUUAUUGAUGAACACAAUUCAUUUUGCAAUGCAAGCUGUUUUCUCAAGGGCAAUCACAUACUUUUGGUCACAAAGAUUCGAACCAACUGUAACUAUGUCAUGGAAGGACUAUUUUAUGAGAGUUGUACCAACAGCUCUUGGAACAGCACUUGAUAUCAAUUUGAGCAAUGCAUCACUUGUUUUCAUCUCUGUUACAUUUGCUACCAUGUGUAAAUCUGCUGCUCCUAUAUUUCUCCUGAUAUUUGCUUUUGCAUUCAGGCUGGAGUCUCCAAGCUUUAAACUUUUAGGCAUCAUGUUGGUGAUAUCAUCUGGAAUUUUAUUAACAGUUGCAAGAGAGACCGAAUUUGAUUUAUGGGGUUUCAUUUUUGUGAUGCUUGCUGCUGUUAUGUCUGGUUUUCGUUGGAGCAUGACUCAAAUCCUUCUUCAGAAAGAGGCCUAUGGUUUGAAGAAUCCGUUGACCUUAAUGAGCUAUGUAACUCCUGUAAUGGCCCUAUUAACAGCUUUGCUAUCUCUUAUUUUGGAUCCUUGGGAUGAAUUUAGAAGUAGCAGCUAUUUUGACACCUCAGGGCAUAUCAUCAGGAGUUGCUUCCUCAUGCUUUUUGGGGGGAUGCUUGCCUUUUUUAUGGUAUUAACAGAGUACAUCCUUGUUUCAGUAACAAGUGCAGUAACUGUGACAAUAGCUGGGGUUGUAAAGGAAGCUGUCACUAUACUGGUGGCAGUGUUUUACUUUCAUGAUGAAUUUACAUGGCUGAAAGGAGCUGGUCUGGUGACCAUAAUGUUUGGUGUGAGUCUAUUCAAUUGGUACAAGUAUCAGAAGUUACACAAAGAUAAAUCGGAUAUAGGUGAGUCGCCCGGGUCUGAAACUGCAGUCCCUGCAAAAUACGUUAUCCUUGAGGAGAUUAAUGAUGAGGAGGAAAUGAUCCCGUGAUCGCUGGUCCAUCAUAAGGAAGAGGUUGAUGUGUGGAAUCAGAAAAAGUAGGUCUAGAUAAUUAAUUAACGUUGAGUAAGUGAGUGUACAAAGUUCCACUAUGAUUCCUGAUAAUCUUGAUGAAGAUUAAGGAAAGGGGGAAGUGAAGUUAUCUGAUGAAUUGUAACUUGUUAGUGUACACUAAUAUACAAUCACCCUUGUAUGUUGUAUUCAGGGAGAAACAAAACCAUACAUAUUGUCAUCAUUUUUACAUGUUUUGGCCUACCAAUUUUGAAAUUCAAUAGAGUUUUGUGGUUUGUAAAA